AUGCAGCCUGUUUCUCUUCUCUGCGUUAUCCCCACCAUCCUGACCAUAGUCAGUGAAUUCACUUAUGGCAACCCUAUCGAGCGAUCAGUGGUCGCUUUCAACCCAUUUGAUCUCGAAGAUGGAGCUAUUGACAGUCCCUUCCUGUCAGUAGAUAACGACAUAGCCGCCGAAGACUAUGACGAUCUACCUCCCCUCCCAGGAGAAGGUACGGACCUACAGUACGGCAAAUGUUACACGUUGUCCCACAGCCACCAUGGCGGUCUCGGAACUCUCCCAAACGGUAUUUACAGUUUUGGUGUCGGAAACACCGACCGACAAUUCAAAGUCUGCCGUAACACUGGUGAAUGUAAGCGCUACGGUUCAGACCAAACCGUGCGAAAGGGAUCCCAGUUUUACCUAUACGAUACCCAGGGCUCCGAGCGCCAAGGGCCGGGCUGGGCAAGUCUUCAUAGCUGGCGCUGGCUGGGCGUGUAUAAUCCUAACAAUAGGCCGGAGUUUUACGCUAAAUUCAGAGGCAAGCCGACUUGCGAUGAGGGGAAGUAUGAGAAUUGUGCUAUUUGUGUUAAUCUUAAAGAUAACUGGGGCGGUUUCACGGGGUUGGAGGUACAUGCUAACAAGCUGCUUUAUACGGUGCGUAAUACGGCAAGAUGUGUGACAUUAAAGUUUAAACCAGUUCGGUGCCAUCGUGAUGAUGACGAUGUAUAUCGGGUUAAAGAGGGAGAGCUUUAA